AUCCAGUCCAGAUGUGUUCGAAUCCCGUAUGGAAAAAAGAAAUGAAGUGAAAAAGCAGCCAGUGGGAUAUUCCAGUCAAGGAGAAUUUAUCAGAUGCAUGGAGGAAAAGGCAGAAGGCUUGGGCACAAAGACAUCAAAGGGAGGUUUCACAAAAGAUAAGACGCUUGAUUCGAUUCUUAAUGUUGAGAUGGUGAAAGAAAAAUCAUCAGAGGAGAUAAAACAGAUUUGGAAUCAGUAUUUUUCUGCAAAAGAUACUGUUUAUGCUGUUAUUCCUGCAGAGAAGUUUGAUUUAGUGUGGAAGAGAGCCCAGGAAUGUCCAUCGUUUCUGUAUGCUUUGCCAAGAAAAGAAGGCUAUGAGUUCUUUGUGGGCCAGUGGUCAGGAACAGAAUUGCACUUCACUUCCCUAAUAAACAUUCAGACCCAAGGUGAAACUGCUCCUAGCCAGUUGGUCUUGUACCAUUAUCCUGAGCUGCAGAAGGAAAAAGGGAUAGUACUAAUGACAGCAGAAAUGGACUCAAAGUUCUUGGUGGUCCGUGAAGCACAGUGCUUGGCGAAUCAGGUGCAGCUUUUCUAUGCGACGGAUCGUUCCGAGACCUACAAAUUAGUGGAGACCUUCAACCACAGAUCUAGUGAAUUUAAAUAUAUGUCAGUUAUAGCAGAGCUUGAGCAAAGCGGACUUGGACAAGAACUGAGACCUGGUCAGGUUUCUGACAAGUCGUAGAUCCUGACCUGUGGGUGAAGCAAGCCAGCAGCAGGCAGGGGAUUUCCUAGAUGGAGUGGUCCUGUCUCUUGUUUUAUGAGUCUGAUUUGGCUACAGAAAGGAUCUGGAGAUGUCCUGGGAGUAUGACAGUCAAGCCUGUCUGGCACUGAUGCAAGAUGAGGACUUGGGCCAUUUGAACAACAAUAACUAAUUGCCAAAGUGGAGCCCUGUACUUCAGUGUAACUUUGUCAGAACAAGCCAUUUUUCUGUCCUGUAACUUACUGCUGCGUGCUGUAUUUUUGAAAUCUGAAAUAAAAUGACAGAAG